CUCGGGGAGACAGAGCAGAGGCGGGAAAUGGCGCCUGGUAGCACAGCAGUGUGUCAUUUCGAAGACGGUCCUUAAACAGCAAAAAUACAACGGAGGGGGAAAAAAACAGCCAGUACCUGUGUUGUGAUGUUUAAUUUGCCUUGAGUCGUUAUUGUCACGUACAGCGGGUCACACUACACCUUACAUGUGAGUGCUAAAACAAUGAGGCUGAGAAUGCGUAAGGCGUCUCAGCAUCAAAACCCCGCUCUGACAAGCCGGACGUCCCGAACCAAGAGGAGGCAUUCAGAGGUAGAAGACGACCCUCCUGCCAGCGGAGGAAGGGGAAUAUUAUCCACUAUAAAGAAGUUCAUCCGAGGAAAUGCUGUCAAGUUACAACAGGAAAGCCCAGCUAAGAAGACACGCCUCCAUUGCGAUGUGGACAACAACCUCAUAACGUCCACUCCCACCAACACCAACUCUCCCCGGAGGACUGCAAGCAGAGCAGGCAAGAAAAACUCCAUCAAUGGCCAAGCGACCAAUCAUGACAGGAAUAAGGAGAAGCCCAACGGCAGUUUGGAGGAUACGACCGCAGUUGAGAUGACCUCCAGCCCUCCCAGGACAACCCUUCUUGGGACCAUCUUCAGCCCGGUUUUUAACUUCUUCUCACCAGCUAAAACAUCUUCGGGCUCGGACUCUCCUGACCAGGCUCUGGAAGCCGAGGAGAUAGUCAAGCAGCUGGACAUGGAACAGGUGGUGGAGACGCCCACCAGCACAGUCACAUCCCCACAGGACCUGUGCCCCGUUAAUAACUUCUACUCAGGCGUAUCACACCUGCCGCCUCUACGGCCUCCUCACAUCCUCGAGGCAUCUCCUACGGCAGAGGGAGACGAGCUCGAUGCUGAUGUUGACCUCCCCCCUUUGACAGCUCCAGGUUCCAAUCUGAAUGUGACGUAUGUGGAUGUUCCUCCUGCAACAGUACCACCAGAGGCAUCCUAUGAGGAAGACUGGGAAGUGUUUGACCCUUAUUUCUUCAUCAAGCAUGUCCCUCCGCUGACAGAAGAGCAGCUCACCCGUAAACCAGCCUUGCCACUGAAGACGCGCAGCACGCCUGAGUUCUCUCUGGUUCUCGACCUGGAUGAAACAUUGGUUCACUGCAGCUUAAACGAACUAGAGGACGCAGCACUUACCUUCCCUGUCCUCUUUCAAGAUGUCAUUUACCAGGUGUAUGUUCGCCUGAGGCCAUUUUUUAGAGAGUUUCUGGAGCGCAUGUCUCAGAUAUAUGAGAUCAUCCUUUUUACAGCGUCUAAAAAGGUAUAUGCAGACAAACUACUCAACAUUUUGGAUCCUAAAAAGCAGCUUGUGAGACACCGGUUAUUUCGUGAGCAUUGUGUCUGUGUCCAGGGAAACUAUAUCAAGGACCUCAACAUCUUAGGCAGAGAUCUGUCAAAGACCAUCAUCAUUGACAAUUCACCGCAAGCCUUUGCGUAUCAGUUGUCCAAUGGGAUUCCAAUAGAGAGCUGGUUCAUGGAUAAGAAUGACAAUGAGCUUCUAAAGCUGGUUCCAUUUCUGGAGAAGCUGGUUGAGAUGAACGAGGACGUGAGACCACAUGUUCGGGAGAGAUUCCGACUUCACGACCUGUUGCCUCCUGAUUGAUUUCAGCCGCGGUGCGUCGCAACAAAACAGCAGGAUAAGACUGAUACCAACAAGCGUGUAAAAAGCCUCUCUUUGGAAUAUGAACUGCAACAUUGCCAUUACUUUUAAAAUGUUUUGCCUUUUUUCUUUUCCUUUUUGUUUAGGAAAACAAGCUUCAAAAAUUUUUUUUAAACCUGGGUGUAAUUUUCUAAAAAAAAAAAAAAAAAAAAAAAUGAAUCUGUUGAGGGAAGUUACACACGCUAUAAACAUGCCCAUGUAUACUCCUCUUUUUAUGUUACUCUCCAGCUGUGGAGCCAGAAAUGAGCUCCACCCUAAACUUUGAAGUCUCGGUGCUGGUUCAGUGGAUAUGAACAGGUAAAGAGGAACUCCUCCCCGAGUCCCUGAAUGCCACAUCAGCCCUUCCUGGUGCUCAUGCUGUUGACACUGACAAAAGUUGACACUCUCUGGCUGAAGACCAUUUUUUUUCUUGUUGUUUUUCAGCAGAAAUGACGGGUCGGUGAAUCAAUGUUUGUGGGUGUACGUUCAUACACUAACUCUUCUGAAAAACGGGCAAAUUUCCAACCUGUAGCUUUUUAAAAAAAGAAAAGAAGUGCAUUCCUCUGUAGCUCUGUCAAGUUUCUAUUGUAGGUUCCUGUUUUUACCUGGUAAAACUGGUCUUUCAUUGUAUUUCUUUUUAUUAUUAUUAUUUUUUGUUAAAAGAUAGUAUUCCCAAGAUGUUUGAUUUAUAUUUGUAAAAUGCAUUUUUAAAAGGGGUCAUGUCAGUUUUAGUAGAAACCUUUUUUUAAACAUCAUUGGUGAGUGUUCAUAACAGUCUACUGCUUUCUUAAAUACACUUUAAUUAGUCUGGAGGAUUAAAGUUUUGUUCUCAAUCAAAGUCAUGUUAAACUGUCGUGAUCGCCUUACCGUAGGCAUGUUACUCCUACAUUAUCGGGACUAUACUGUAAAUCGUGAAAAUUAGAGGGCAUUCAUUUUCCGAGUGAUGUCUCAACAAAACCUUUCAUGAACUGUAAUCAGUAUUGUCUUUUACUCUUAAUCAAGUGUUCUGACUAAAAAACAAAUCCGUGCUCUGUUUCUUUAAUUUGUACGGUUUCAUUUAAAGGCUCUAUUCGUAGCAUCUUGAUAAAUGUAGCAGAUAUUUGCCAGUGUUAAAGUCUGCUCAUGGUUGAAAUGUGGCUAGAUCCCAGACCAGCAGCUUACGCGUUCUCUGAAUUACCGCCAUGAAACUUCUUUUGUAAUUAUUAUUUAAUCAAAACUUGCUUAACAUUAGCAACAUGUUUUAUUACUAUUCUUUUUACCUAAUUUCAGUGUGAACUCAGGCCAAACUAACACUUUAGCGUCGGUAACAACUGAAAACUAAAUAAAAGUUGGUCACAGAAGAUUGACUGUCAACACCUAAAGUCAAGAAUUAAUUGCUGAAAAAAUUGCGCGUUUUCCAUUUGUUUAAAUAAAUGUAUUGUACAUUUUUAUGAUAAGUGAAAUGUGAGCAUUUAGUUGCCUGUACAGUGCCAUACAAUCCCUGUUCUCCCAAGCUUCUCCUUCGGGCAAUUAUUGCUCAGUUGACCUGAAACAAAAUUAAACAGUGAAGAGAGACAAUCAAACGUUUUAGCUCUGCAGACAUUAAAACCAUCGAAACACAGAGACGACAGGUGCUGUAUGUGUCGUUUGACCCUGUCUACAUGUGGAAACAUUUCCCAAAAUCUUCAAAUCUUUCGGUGUAGAGGUUGUUUCCAUCUGCUUAGUGGUUGCCUGAAUUUGCCUUUUUCUGGCACAACAGUGUUUAAUCAGAAUGUAUUGAGUAAAUAUGUUCUAUGAAUGUAAAUUUCACAUGGGGUGAAGGCUUAAAAAACGUCUUUCCAAGAAUCCUGCCUUGGGCUUUGGCUUCAUCGCUGAAACCAAAUAACUGGCAGUGCGCAUUAAGAACUAAAAAAAAAAAAAAAACACAAAGGAAAAUAAUGAAAUUCACUUGAAAUGGAGACGUUUCUCAAGUUCACCAUCCUGACUGCCAUCUUUAUGCAACCUUCACUUCCUGUGUGUGAUGUUCCCCCAAUUUCGCUUGUAUCCUCAGUUAAAAAUGUGCUUUCUUUUUUUUUUUUUUGAAUUGGUGUUGAUGCCUUUCUGAAGGAUCAGACUGAGGCAUAAUGAUACUUUUCAUUAAGUCAUUUCUAUGUGCAUUGUACACUGAGGGUUGUACGAUACAUGCAGCUUCUUUUAUGGAAAAAAAAUCCUUAAAAUAAGGAAAGUCUUGUAUUUUUGAUUCUUUUUUUUAAAAAAAGGCAUGACAUAUCUACUUUAAAUGUAUUAAUGAAGAUUUAACUUUACAUCAGAUGGGGUGUUUUUUGUUAGUUUUCUUUUCUUACGGAUAUCUGUGUUUAGUUUAGGACUGUCAAAGAACGGUUGAACUUAGCAUGUAGACAGUACAGCUUGCUUUGUGGGAAAGUCAUGAAAAAAAAACUGAAAUCAUGACACAUUUUUCUGCAAAAAAGAGCGCUCCUGUUAAUGAUUUUACGAUUUUUUUUUUUUUUUUUUGUACCAAUAUCCGUUAAGCCAUUUUACUUGCAAG